AUGGACCUUCUCAUUGCAUCAAUCCAAAUCACAAACUUCUCAAUGGAACGCUCGCCACAAUUGAUGGAUUCAAUCCGAGGCUACAACCAUAUUCGCUGGUAUGUUGGGAACGCCAAACAAGCCGCGUCAUAUUACAUUACCCGAAUGGGCUUCCGUCUUGUCGCAUACCAGGGACUUGAAACGGGCUCGCGAUGCUGGGCCUCGUACGUCAUCACCAACGGUGCUGCGAGGUUCGUUCUCACCUCACCCAUUAUUCAAGCCGCAGCUUUGAAGGAUCAUUCAAACGCGGCUGAGAAAUCCCUCGCCACAGAGAUGUACGACCAUCUCGUUAAGCAUGGUGAUGCCGUCAAGGACGUUGCGUUCGAUGUCGAUAACGUUCAUGCGCUUUACAAUAAUGCAAUAGCUAAGGGUGCUAUUGGUGUCAAAGCGCCGCAUACCAUCAACGACAAAAACGGAACCAUUGAACUGGCUACCAUCCAGACCUAUGGGGACACGACGCAUACAUUUAUCAAUCGACGUCAGUUUUACGGCCCAUUCAUGCCGGGUUUCCAUGCCGUUGAAGUGAUUGACCCAUUGGAUGCACACCUUCCAAUUGUUAGAUUCGAUCUAAUUGACCACUUCGUCGGCAACCAGGAUUGGAACGGUAUGGAGUCGGCCUGUAAAUUUUAUGAGGAAUGCCUUAAUUUCCGCAGAUAUUGGACUGUGGAUGACAGAAAUAUGUGUACCAAGUUCUCAGCCAUGAACUCGGUUGUCAUGGCCUCCCCUGGAGGGCUGGUGAAAAUUCCAAUCAAUGAGCCUGCUCUCGGUGUGAAGAAGUCCCAGAUCGAAGAGUUCGUCAAUUUCUUUGGUGGACCUGGGGUCCAGCACAUCGCUUUCCGUACCGACAAUAUCAUCGAAGCAGUCACCAGUUUGAAAAACAGAGGCAUGCAGUUCAUUACCAUCCCAGAUAACUAUUAUGAUGCAAUGCGACAGCGCCUAGAGAAAACAGGAAUGCAUCUGAAUGAGGAUUUGGAGAAGCUACGGAAAUUGCACAUUCUAGUCGACUUUGAUGAGGGUGGCUACCUACUACAGAUUUUCACGAAGCCACUGAUGGACAGACCGACUGUUUUCCUUGAAAUCAUUCAGAGGAACGGCUUUGAUGGAUUUGGUGCUGGUAAUUUCAAGAGCUUGUUCGAAGCUAUCGAACGAGAGCAAGCGGAAAGAGGAAAUUUGUAG